AUGGAUGCUCGUAGGAUUACUAUUAAGAUCGACAACGGUGGAAAUGACAAUUUCAACAUGCACUGCUCAAUGUCAAAGCAGAAAUCAGUUAUUGGCCACUCCAUCGAUGAAGUCGAUCCGAUGUUGAAUGAGGAAUUCAACUUGAGGAUGGAAGUCGUCAACGACACUGUAGUGACUUCACACGGAAAGUCUCCCAAGCGUCGUCAGUCUGUGACAGUGGUGGAGCGGCGCAGCCAGUCGCCGAUCCGUAGCCCCAUGCCCCCAUUACCGUUUCCACCAAAACAUAGGAUCAAUACCGCUUGGAAAAAGACGCCACCAAUACCAAAGCUAACAGUGUGCACCGAGCCGGGAACUGUUAAGCUGACAUGUGAUGACGGGAUGGGAGUUGCGUCCUAUCAACUGUACGCGCCCUUAGACGGAUAUGAACUGUUUGCUUGCAUAUUGGAUGGUGGCGUCGACAACGCCAAAUGGGAAAAGCUGACCUACAUCUUGGCCUCAGCGCCAAACCAAAAUCAGCGGGUACCCAUCACAUGCAAGUUGACCAAAAAGGCCAGAGGGAUAGAAUAUUACUUCGCGGUGCGAGGGGUUGACGUCCACGAAAGAUGUGGGCCAUGUGCCGUAGUGUACGCGAGGCUCUGA